AUGGCGACUCUUAAGGUUUCUCCUCAUGUUCCUUCUCCAUCUGAAGAUGCCGAGCAACUGAAAUCCGCUUUUGACGGAUGGGGUACGAACGAGGACUUGAUCAUAUCGAUCUUGGCUCACCGUAGCGCCGAACAGAGGAAGGUGAUCAGGGAAACAUACCGUCAGAUCUUUGAAGAAGAUCUUCUCAAGACUCUUGACAAAGAACUCUCUAGCGACUUCGAGAGAGCUAUCUUGCUCUGGACUCUUGAGCCAGGUGAGCGUGACGCGUUGUUGGCUAACGAAGCCACCAAGAGAUGGACUUCAAGCAACCAAGUGCUUAUGGAGAUUGCUUGCACAAGAACCUCAACGCAGCUUCUUCACGCUAGGCAAGCUUACCAUGCCCGUUUCAAGAAGUCUCUUGAAGAGGACGUCGCUCACCACACCACCGAGGACUUCAGAAAGCUUUUGGUUCCUCUUGUUAGCUCAUACAGGUACGAAGGGGACGAAGUGAACAUGACAUUGGCAAAGCAAGAAGCCAAGCUGAUCCAUGAGAAAAUCAAGGACAAGAAGUACAACGAUGAGGACAUCAUUAGGAUCUUGUCUACAAGAAGCAAAGCACAGAUCAAUGCUACUUUCAACCGUUACCAAGACGAUCAUGGCGAAGAAGUCCUCAAGAGUCUUGAAGAAGGAGACGAGGACGACAAGUUUCUUGGACUUUUGAGGUCAACGAUUCAGUGCUUGACAAGGCCAGAGCUUUACUUUGUGGAUGUUCUUCGUUCGGCGAUCAACAAAACCGGAACAGACGAAGGAGCACUCACUAGAAUUGUGACCACAAGAGCUGAGAUUGACUUGAAGGUCAUAGGAGAGGAGUACCAGCGCAGGAACAGCAUUCCUUUGGAGAAGGCUAUUACCAAAGACACUCGUGGAGAGUACGAGAAGAUGCUUGUCGCACUUCUUGGUGAAGAUGAUGCUUAA